GGGGCCGGGGGCGGCGGGGGGGGCCCGGAUCCCUCGGCCCAGUGCCUCUACCCCGAGCUGGUGCCUCCGAGCUACGGACCCCACAGCGGCUACCAGGACCCUGGCCUGGCCGGCUCUGAGGUUUUCUCCCGGCUGCUGGGACCUGCAGACUGGCCCCCGGACAGUGCCUGUGGCUCCCAGGCCACUGAUCACUACUUCAAGGUGCCAGAGUCCUCCUGGGUCCCGUUUGAAUGCUGGCCCGGGUCAGAAGUCGCCCCGGGGGCAGAGGUCCCCAUGCCAGGGUACGAGCAGCCCCCCCCAGGGGCAGCUGGCCAGGUCCCAGGCUGCCAGGGUGCCCCCCACCAGAGCCGGCUGCAGUGCCCAGGGGGGGACCCCUGCUACCGUGCCCCCCCCAUCCUGGACCCCCUGCGCCCUGGUCCAGGCCUCUUCGCCCGCCUCCAGCCUUCCCCAGGCAGCUGCAGUCCCCCCCCACCCAGCCCAGCCCUGCGCCCAGACACCCCCAGGGGUGAGAGCCAGAGCAGGAGGAGCCUGGAUACCUGGGCUCCCUCCAGGGAGGCUGCCGAGAGAGCAGGGGGCUGGGAGCCCAGACACCUGGGUUCUGUGGGAGCUGAGGGAUCCAGGCUGCACUCCCCACCCAAAGAACCCAGGCUUCCUGGGGCAGGGGGAGCCCAGACCCCUGGUUCUCUGGGUGUGGAGCAGGAGCUGGGAGGUGAGAGCAGGGAGAGCCUGGAUCCUCUUAACCCCUCACCACUCCUCGCAGUGGAAGCCCUGCUGGAUGUGGCCUGCUCCAGUGCUGUGCCGGGGGGCGGCACCAACCGGGAGCUGGCACUGCACUGCCUCUGCCGGACCCAUGGGGACGUGAGGGCUGCUCUGGAGAUGCUGCUGUUGCAGAACCCAGCCUGGCCCCCCCAGCACUCCUUGAGCACCUACCACUACACGGGCAGUGACGCAUGGACGCCCCACGAGCGCCGGCAGUUUGCCAAGGCCUUUGCCCAGCAUGGAAAGGACUUCGCCCUCAUCCAGCGUGCGGUGCCAGCCAAGGGGCUGCAGCAGUGUGUGGAGUUCUACUACCUGCACAAGAGCCGGCUGGGGCGUGGCCAGAAGCGCCAAGGACCCUCAGAGGCCCUGGACAUGGCCCCUAGUACCUGCUUCCCCUGCCAACGCUGUGGCAGGUCCUUUGUGAAGAUCAAGAGCCGCAAUGCACACAUGAAGAUCCACCGGCUGCACCAGCCCACCGGGGAAGGCCCCAGGCCUCUCCCCCUGCCCCCCCAGCAAUGCCUCCUGUAGACUCGGCAACUGGGGCAGGCGCUUUAUUG